AUGUCGUUACGUCAGACCGAGGGCUGUAUAUAUUUACAGCACUUGCCCAACAGUUUUCAGUACGGGCUUUCAGUGCCUAGUGUGAGAAUGGUUCACGAAAAGCGGCAGGGAACUGCUGCUGAAACUUCUACCGCAAGUACUUCGACGAAGGAGACGGAGAAAAAGAAACGCGUUUCGGGCUCGCUCUCGCAAUUGAUUCUCCAAGUUUUAGAAUCUUGCAAUUCCCGAAAAGGUAUCUCGCUGGCUGCUCUCAAAAAGUCUCUGAUCGAAGCUGGGUAUAACCUGACUAAGAACAACCUCCGCCUCAAAAGGGAGCUGCGCACUUUGGUCUCCAAUGGGGUGGUGAUCCGCGUCACCGGCAGUGGUGUUUCUGGCUCUUUCAAGUUCGGCAAGAAUCAGCCGCCGAAGCCGAAAAAAGCGGCUGAAAAAACGGCCAAGGGGAAAAAGGAGCCUAAAAAGACCCGAAAGAAACAACCGGCAGUUCAUAAACCUAAAGGUCUCCAGGGUCGUAAACUUUCCAACUCUGGAAGGAAACGUCAGGUGAACAAACGUCCUGCAGGAAAAGCUCGUUAACGAGGUCCUCGCUUACACAAAACUGUACAAAAGGCUCUUUUAAGAGCCACUCCGGAAUCGCUGAAAGAGCUAAUGACAUUUUCGCAUCGAGGUUUUUUGCAGAGUACCAGUAAACUCCACUCCUUUUGAAUGAUCUUGGGUUAAUAGUUUAGUGUACUCGGAAAAAUCGAGUUUAAAUGUUUUUUUAAAAAAUUAGUCUUUGAUUAUGUGAAGGAAACAUGUGUCAAAUGACAAUUACGGGUUUUUUCCUCUCAGAAGCCUCGCUAUUUUCUUAUAAUAUUGCCAGGUAAAUAGGUGAAGGAUUUCAUGAUUACAGUAUAACUCAAACUCAAACAUGUUAAAUAGAAGUUAUAAUACAGGAAUGGAACUUAAAAAUCAUAGUUGCUAGCUGAUUAAUCAGGUAGGUUUAAAAUUAUUGCAAUGAGUAAAUGGGUUUAUGAAAAUAGUAUUAAUAUGGGAGAAAGCAGCAUUUUUGGGAGUAGUGAAUUUUUUUCUCACCGAUAUCAAAGGAAAAAUAACUUGGUUUUAUUCUUUCUAAAUCAAGAGAUCUUAUUUCAAUAAUUUUGGUAUCAACGUUGAAGCAUAUUUUUUUAUUUCUCUAAAACACAUCUUUGGCUCGUUCAUGUUUAAUAUAGAUUGCUUUAUUUAUUUAGAUACCUGUUAAAAGACUAUGAAAUGAUGAAAAUGGAUUAUAUUAGAGGACAAACAAAAUAACAUUGGCAUAUUUGAGGCAUUUUAUUCCAAUAGCCCCUUAUUGACUCCUUUUCUGUCAGUUUAAAAAUUGGCGGGCCUUUUAACACAUGGUAAAUUUUAGUUUCAAAAUCCUUGAAAACACCAUUUUGCAGAUGGAGACUAAGACUGUAACCAGGGUUAAAUAUGAAAAACGAUUCUUAAUGUACCUUAAAAUAUUUUAGUUUACAACAAGUCUGUCAAAGUAAAACGCGAGCCGCUAUCGGCACAAUUCCAAGGAAGGCGGGCAAAACUGAUUUUCUCAGGCACUAUAAAAAUUAAUUUUCUCCAUUUUUAGAUUGGCAGAACGGCUUUUUAUUAUCUUAUUGAGAAAGCAAAAAUUAAUCAAAACCCACAAACCAGAUUUCUAACCAUAAUUAAGCAACUUUAUUAUUCCCUCUUCAGUUUUUGAAACAUGGCUCUAAAAAGAACCUAUGACUCAAAGACGACGUUUUAGCGCUUGGGGAUGUAGCCACCGAUCGCUCCCUCUUGGCCAAAUCAGUAUUUUGAUUUCGCCACACUUUCAGGUCGUCCAACUUCCAGGGCUGUUUUGACCAGCUGUCUAGGUCCCGCUGUGGGCGGCGGCGAGAGCUCCUGCUCUAGCAGGGAAACGAAGAUCUGUAUGUAGCUGGAAGUUGUAGUUUAUUCGACGAAUUUUCUUGUCUACGUUUCUUGACAGCUCUUAGAUUCAAAACCUGGGCGUUUCUCUUCCGAUUCACUUGGUGCAGUCCCUUUUCGGAAAGGGUUUUCCCCCGCCGCGCCUCCCCCCACCCAAAAAAAACCUACAAUGGCGCCUUCUACAGCCAACUUUACGCGCCCAUUUUCCCUCCAAUUUUCACCAUUUCCAGACAAACAGCUCUCCUUUCUACAACUAACGGCACACAAUGCAAAAUAAAGCUUCCUUAAAUGUCAUUGGUUAAAGCCAUCGGAAGGGGAAGCUGUUUUAUCCAAUAAGAAGCAAGCCCAUUUAUUGUUUCUGAGGUUCGAAGAGCGAAAAUUGCUGACGAAUGAAGGCGAAUAUAAGUGUCCCAGGAUAAUAUUGCAGGA